AUGUGCUUGCUGGUCCUGGGAGUUUCACUUGCUCUAAGGGUACUGCGUGCAGUGGCCUUCUACCCAGCAAUUCAGAUGAGAGUUCCUAGUGUGAAGGGGCUGCACCUGAUACUUGAGCUUGGCGUAGAUCUUGCAGAAGCUCUGCGCAUGACACCAGGGAUCAGCAGACGAGGUGCAGAGAGGAUGCGCGCCCAGCACUGUGAUCUGGAGGCUUGA